UGCCCUGGUGUCCAGCACAUGCGUGGCCGGCCUUCCAGAAGUGCCAGCCCAGCCAGAAACCCUGCGACAGCGGACAGGAAGGAGAAGGCCUCCGCAAUGCCUGGCUCCCCAGCCGAGGUGAAGACGCAGCCCCGGGCCACGCCCCCCAGCAUGCCGCCCCCGCCGCCUGCCGCGUCCCAGGGGGCCACACGACACCCCUCCUUCACGCCCCACACAAAUCGAGAGGACGGGCCUGCGAUGUCUCUGCCCCACGGCCGUUUUCAUGGCUGCUUAAAAUGGUCUAUGGUCUGUCUUUUGAUGAACGGCAGCAGCCCCUCGCCCACGGCCGUCAGCGGCACCCCGUCCACGCCCAGCGGCUUCAGCAAUGGCCCAGCCACCUCGUGCACCGCCUCUCUGUCCACACAGCAGCUGCCCCCGGCCUGCGGGGCGCGGCAGCUCAGCAAGCUCAAGCGCUUCCUGGCCACCCUACAGCAGUUCGGCAGCGACAUCUCCCCGGAGAUCGGGGAGCGUGUACGCACGCUGGUGCUGGGGCUCGUGAACUCCACCCUGACCAUCGAGGAGUUCCAUUCCAAGCUCCAGGAGGCCACCAACUUCCCGCUGCGGCCGUUCGUCAUCCCCUUCCUGAAGGCUAACCUGCCCCUGCUGCAGCGGGAGCUCCUGCACUGCGCCCGCCUGGCAAAGCAGACCCCCGCCCAGUACCUGGCCCAGCACGAGCAGCUCCUGCUGGAUGCCAACGCCUCUUCCCCCACCGACCCCUCGGAGCUCCUCCCGGAGGUCAACGAGAACGGCAAGAGGAGAACACCUGACAGGACCAAAGAGAACGGGUCAGACCGUGACCCUCUGCACCCGGACCACCUCAGCAAACGGCCGUGCACCCUGAGCCCCGCCCAGCGCUGCAGCCCCAGCAACGGGCUGCCCCAGCCCACGCCGCCUCCGCACUACCGCCUGGAGGACAUGGCCGUGGCCCACCACUUCCGGGACUCCUACCGCCACCUUGACCCCCGGGAGCUGCGAGAGCGCCAUCGGCAGCUGGCCGUGCACGGGUCCCGGCCUGAAGAAGUGAUUGACCACAGGCUCACGGAGCGCGAGUGGUCGGAGGAGUGGAAGCACCUCAACAACCUCCUGAACUGCAUCAUGGACAUGGCCGAGAAGACGCGGCGGUCGCUCACCGUGCUGCGCCGCUGCCAGGAGGCCGACCGCGAGGAGCUCAACCACUGGAUCCGGCGCUACAGUGACGCCGCCGAGGACAGCAAGAAGGGCCCCGCGCCCGCCGCCCGGCCCCUCGGCAGCUCCGUGGGCGCUGAGGGCUCUCAGCUAGAUGUCCACCGGGAGUCCGUGCCUCGGACCCUGUCCAGCUACAUGCCCGAGGAGAUCUGGAGAAAGGCUGAGGAAGCAGUGAACGAGGUGAAGCGGCAGGCGAUGUCAGAGCUGCAGAAAGCCGUGUCUGACGCUGAGCGCAAGGCCCAUGAGCUCAUCAGCAUGGAGCGAGCCAAGAUGGAGCGGGCCCUGGCCGAGGCGCGGCGGCAGGCCUCCGAGGACGCCCUCACUGUGGUCAACCAGCAGGAGGACUCCAGCGAGAGCUGCUGGAACUGCGGGCGCAAGGCCAGCGAGACGUGCAGCGGCUGCAACGCGGCCCGCUACUGCGGCUCCUUCUGCCAGCACAAGGACUGGGAGAAGCACCACCACGUGUGCGGCCAGAGCCUGCAGGGCCCCUCGGCCGCAGUGGUCGAGCCAGUGCCCGGACAGUCCGAUGCCACCCCAGGCCUGGGCCCCUGCCUGCCCCCGGCCGCCGCCAGCCCCAGCGAGGCGGGCUCCACGGGGCCCUCCCGCCCCGGCUCCCCCGGCCCGCCCGGCCCGCUGGAUGCCGCGCCCCGCUGACCCGCCCGGACCCGGUGCCCAUCGACCCACCCGGCCCCGCCCGGCCCGCUAGACGCGCGCCCAGCCCUGGGAGCCGACCUGGGAGUCACUGCUGCUACUGCUUCUCUCCAAAAGAAAACACAGAACCAACAAGACUGCAUCAAUGCAACUUCCUCAGCUACCUGACGAUCACGCCUCAGCCUCUUCGUGCAUCCUCAGAAACCACCCGACGAGCUUUAGGCAGCCGGACAGACGCCGGCCAGAGGUGACCGGCUCGUCCACACCCGCCUCUCCCUCUUUCUCUCUCAUUUUUCUCUCUUUAUGACUUUCACACACUUUCUCUUCAAUGAAAAAAUCUAAUUGUUUGGUGGCUUAUAUUUUCAUUGAAGAAUUUUGGGGGGCUGUUUGGCAAAAGAGCUACUCAGAAAUGGACAAAGAAAACUGGGGGGGUUUUUCCCCCUUCCUGAUUCAAAAGGGAAAAAGAAAACUGUUCUUUUAUAGCCGGAGAUCUGAGCCACUGUGUCACUGAAACCACCCCCAGGGUGUGUGGCCGGUGCAGUGAGGACGGUUAGAAAGAUGUCAAUUUCAGACUCAAGAAGUAAUUUUUGGUUUCAGGAUUUUUUUUUUUCCUUUAAUGUCAAACUGUUUGGCUUUAAGUAGAAAUCCAAAAAGUUUUUUUAAAAAAAGGUAAAGGAAGCAUACCUGUAAACUACCUUGCCAGCUAGCCAGCCAAGGACGCCGGACACACCUCUGCUCCAAAGGAAAUCCAAAAAGCAAACACAAGAAGUCAAAAUCCAAAAUUUUUUUGUCACUGCCAAAGUAUUUAUUUCACUGUUUUACUCUACGCCUGGGCUUGUUCAGAUGUCGGUCUUUUGCUUUGAUUCUGUUCGGGGGGGUUGGGAUAUUGGGGUUUGAAGUGUUUUGUCCAACAAGAAGCGACUUCUUUCUCUUCAACUCGACAGCAGCACCUCCGCCGGGGCCGGGUGGGGUGGGCAGCUCGGCCCUCGGCACCCACGCGUGCGUGCCCGUGUGCGUGUGCACCCGGGGCACGCCCAGCGUGCGUCUGCACACAUGCAGGAAGGGUACCUCGUCUGUCCUCACUCCGUCUGUGAAUUCCCAUCACAUUUCAUUCUUUCCAUUUGUGAAAAAGAAGUGCUCACAUGUCCUUCCCAGAGAGAACAUAAUUCUGAGACAAAACUGUGACAAUCUUUUGGGUUGAUUCUUGACUGCUUUUCAAAGCACGAGGAGACAGCAACUGCGCCUUCAUCUGCUGCUUCUCGUCGUCCGCCUCUACCUCUGCUGCCCGCUCCGAGAAGCCUCCCUCCCACCUCGUCGUUCCGUCCCAGCCCCCGUGUCUCCUGCAGCUCCACACUUUUGCAGAAAAAGGAAAAAAACAACAAAAGCAAUCCGCCCUCCCUGCACCUUCUGGAGACUUGAUCAGCUGUAUAUAACCCUGCAUUUUUGUCCAGCUGUUCCUCAGGGGAUGUUCUCUCCGAAAUCCCCCCGCCAAGCCUAGCCCUGUCCCCCCACCCCACUCAACUCCCCCAGCGAUCUCAAGGAGGAAAUAAAGGAAUAAGGAAGUUCUGAUCUGUACCCAGUGGGAGAACAAACAGCAAACACGGUCUCCGAUCUGUGUUUUCUUGCAUGGCUGUAAGGAGUUCCCUGGACUGGAGUGCAAUAGUGACCAGCUACUGAAACCGGGUGCCCAGGGGCCCCACCGAGAGGCAAGAAGUCAAUAGUCUGCGAUAAUGUGAAUGUAUAUAGUCCUUGCAGAGGUCCAAAUGAUGAUAUUCAUGAUGAUGAUAAUAAAGAAGAGAUGUUUGCCAAAUAAAAAAAAAUUAAGAGAAACAAUGGAAGCAUGUAAAGUUCAGGAACUAGGUUUUCAAAGAAAGCUGAACUGCGGUCCUACGGGGAGCAAUGGGUUUGUUGAUCGCUGUUACUUUUCAGAGUGGUAGGAAUUCACCCUUUGAGUAUUGCCAGGAAGGAGUCCGUCGGUACACAGACCAGGUGCCAUCCGAGCCCCACCUGGCAGGAGCCCUAACUCUGACCGUCGAGCUAGACCUAUCUCACCCUCCAGAAAGCUCCCGGGCUGCCUGGGGCCACAGGGCUGCCCGCCUCUCAGGCUCGCUUCUGUGGGUUUCAGAAGACCAGGGGCCGGGUGGGAUUCGGGCUCUCGUGAGGCAGCGGGCGCCCACCCGUCACGUUUCCAGUCUGCUUUCUCUCUCGCAAGACUUGAACCUGUCAGAAGGGCAGUUGUGCAUGUGCUGUGACGUAGCUCCGCCUCUCCCCUCGGACUCCGUUCCCACGAGGUUGUGCUGGUGGAGGGUGGCGCCCUGGGCGCGCUGGGGUGUGGGUGCGGAGGUCUGAGGCCCUGAGGUCAGGACUGCGGGGUGAGUCCUGGCUGGGAGGAGCCCGCCACCUGCAGCCCCGCGGGUGUGCUUUGCCAGCCUCUGUUCCUCUUCCGCUCGCAAGGUCCCCUUUGAGGACAGGCAGGCGUGCCAGGGCUGGCCAGCUGGUGGCAUCGGGCCAGACAAGCCCGCAAGGCCGGACCACAGGCUGAGGGUCCGAGGUGGGGACGGCCCGUCCCACCCCAGCUGCUGGGAAGAGGUCCCUCAAGCCAGCUAAGAAAGGCCAUCUUCCCUGUGUGGCCCCCAUACCUGUAUCUCAUAUACCAAGACCUGCCGCUGGCCGGGGCUGCAGAAGCCGGCACAAGGGGCCGGCCAGAGGCCGACAGACGUAGCCCCUGCCAGCAGAGAGCGUCUGCAGGGUCAGAGGGUGGCAGCCGGGUGGGCUGGGCGGCUGGCAGCGAGGAGGCUGAGGCCCAGAGGGGGCGGGAGGGGUGUCCCCGUGGGCGCCGAGUCAGUGGAUGCCGGGUGUGGGCUGGGUCACACGAAGCAGGCGGCUCCUUCCAUCCAGGGCCCCUUCCCUGCUUUGGGAGCCGGCAUGUUUGUUGGUCACUGUGUGCAGGCCCUGUUGGCCAGAGAGCUCACAGAGAAGGCAAACUCCCAAUGAGUAGCUCUGGUCGGGCAGUGGGGGAGCGGCCGGAGCUGGAGUUGGCUGGUGGUCUGUGUUCCCCCUGCCUUUCUUAUGCAAAGAGGGCGUCUGGACAGAAGGGAUUCCAGCUCAGAGGCCGGCCUGCCCUGCUACCUCCUGAGCUUAUGGGCCGUCAGUGUGCUCGUGAGGGUCUCCUCCCCAGGGGCUGAGAUCGGACACGCUGGUGAGCCCAAAGCUCUGUGAGACGCGGCUGCUCGCAGACCCUCCCUCCCCCCCAAGUCAAACCGAAACGGCAGCAUUACCCCGUUCUGAGGCCAAGGCAGGCCAAAGCGCCGGCGGGAGGGCAGAGUGAGGCGGGCGGCGGCCGGAGCUCCCGGCCCACAGGGCCGAGUCAGGGAUGAUUCACAGGCUGGGACAGCGGAUGCUGGCGCCUGGGCCCCCUCACCCCCGGUGGAAAGCCCCCUGACGUGGGACCCUUCGACCUUUCCCACCCCCUCCUGUCUCUGGCCUUUCUCUUAGGACGUGUCAUUGUCGGCAGGUGGUGGUGUCUGGGCGUGUUCUGUUGGCAAAGACCAGUGCCUACCAUUCCCCAUGUGGAAGGCUGGCAUACCCCGGACCCCGUCUGAAUCACGAGGGCUCCCAUCCCCAGGACCAAAGGAAAGCCUGGGGUGCUACCGGGGAAGAGAGGAGAGCUGGAGAAAGCCUUGGGGCCAGGAGGGUAAGGGCCGUAGUACAAGAGGAGCCGGCCUCCCGGGAAGGGGCCGCCCUGUGGGGUCGCUCAUCAGGGCCCAAGAGGUCCAGUGGUGGAGGGACACAGGUGGGAGGGGGCGUUGCUUCUGGUUUCAUCCCAGUGACACCGUGGAGAGGGAUAAGGACAGACCCUAACUUCCUCCUAUUUGCCAGUUUUUCCAAAUACAUCCUCAAAAUGACACCAAAGUCCAGUCCCUCGCACCACCCACCUUGCCCGUCCCAGCUCACUGUAGCGUGUCUGGCCGUGAUUCUGCCCAUCCCUUCAGCCUACCCACAAGUACUUACUGAUUCUUUUAUCAGUUCACCCUUCUGACCAAUCCUGUCAUCUCUCUGGCCGUUCAUCCAUCCACCCAUCCAUCUGUCUGUCUAUUCAUCCACCCAUCCAUCUGUCCAUCUCUCCAUCCAUCUGUCCAUCCACCCAUCCGUCCAUUACUCUAUCCCAGCUAUCAUUUGGUCCCCCGUUCAUCCUUUCACCAUCCACCCGUCUGCACACCACGCAUGUGUCUCCCAUCUAACCCACACGACCACGCCUCAGUCCAUCCCCAGCCAGAACCCAGUGUAGCGUCACCAACUCCCUCAGGGAUCCAAAGCCGUGGGGGUGCUUUGGGUCCCCUGUGGCCUCGGCCACCCCCUCCCAGUGCCCCUCCCAUUGGUCCAGGCCUGCUCCGGGGACAGAUAAGGUUCUGCUGCAGACGUGGGCAGAUUGGACCAAUGUCCUAGCAACAGCUCUGGCCAGUCUGGGCCCGCCUAGCAAGUGUGGUGGCCGUGGGCCAGGAGAGGCGCUGGAGGUGGCCCGCACGGCUGCUCAGGGGCCCUGUGACCGGGACCACCAGUCAGGGAGAGCACAUUCCCUGGCAAGUCCCAGACAUUGCGGAGUGGCGGCAGCCACUCCUCUCCUUGUCACCAGGGGUCACUGCCUGGAGAAGAUGUCCCCAGGAAGGGAGGGGCACGACAGAGCCCCGUGCUGGCCUCCCUAAGACACCAGUGCUCCUGGAGCCCCUGCUCCCAGGUGCUCGUGCUUGGCUCUGCCUCACGCCUAUGCCCGUCUUCCAUCCAGGGGUCCCAGAUGCUGGAAAUUACCCCUCAGAGCUGGAGAGCUGUAGAAAGAGCCCCUGGCCAGGUUGGUGGGGUGGGUGUCCCUGUGGCCCUAGAGGCCCAGCACACUCUCCCCAGCCCCGGCUCUCCCUGGGCCCCUCAGCCCCACACCUGCCUGCGGGCUCCCGCGACCUAUGGGGCUCUUCCAGCGCCCCCCACGGGAUCACCUCCUGCUGGCAGGAGAGGAGGAAGAGGAGGAUGCAAGGAGCCUGGAUGCCGUGCACGGACGAGGCCCGGGGAGCCGGCUGUCUGGGCAGCAACCUGCACAGUCCCCGGCGUUCCAGAAAACUCUGGAAUCUGCCUGCUUCCUGUUGCUUUUGCUUCAAUUCAGCCGGACCCUGGAGUGCCUCCCCAGAGACCCCUUACAGCAGUAACUCGACGUCGGGACUCAAGGGGAGCCUGGCUUUAAACGUUAGAAUGAAGGACAAGGGGGGCCUAGCCAGGCCAGCCUCCGGGCCGAGGGGCUCGGGCAGCGGGAGCUGGGGCCCGGCUACACGCAGCCUCGUGGGCAAUGGAUUGACUGUCCACUUCUUCUUUUUAUGUGAUUUUAUUUUUUAAUUCCCCCAAAGGGGUUGGACCGAGAGUGCUGGGUCAUAUUCCUCGGUGCCGGGCAGGGUCCUGGUGGCCGCCCUCCCCUGUCCCCCCAUCUCUCUGUUCGCGGCCACGUGGGUUCUGUGUCGUGGAAUAAAGCCGCCGUUUGCCAUCACGGGCUCCGCCUCUCCUUGGGUCCCCGGCGACUCCGCCUAAGCCCGUUUCACACAUUGAUUCACCAGAUUUGUGUUGGGGGGCUUUCUCGGUGCCAGGCAAGAGGGACAAGACCCUGCGCCACGGGGGUGGACGAACGUGUGGUGCAGGGUCGGGGCGUGAGCGGGACGUGGCAGAUGACCUCUGCGUCCUGAGUUCCGGCCAAGUGGGGUGAACUCUCAAAGGUUGUGUCCUCGAGGUGGUCGGGAUGACCUCAGACCCCAGAUGACACACUCGUGGCUUCAAGGGCCCGAGCCCCCCCCGCCUGUGGCCAUGUGGGCACCUCCCACAAGACCCUGAGGGUGGACACCUUGGCCCUGAGGAGCCAGGGUGUCCCAGACGUGGUGUCCACGUGGCUCACAGGGCAGGUCCCGCCCCCAGCGGGUGUGCAGGGCUAGGGCUCUGG